AUUCAAUGUCUCCGUAAAGAAAUCACGGCGGUUAUUUUGUUACUAGUUCCCCUUUGUCUUAGCGAUGAAGUUUCAAUACAAAGAAGACCGUCCGUUUGAAAAGCGUCUAGAAGAAGGGCAAAAUAUACGUCGAAAGUACCCUGCCAGCGUUCCGGUUAUUGUUGAAAAAUCACCCCGUGCACGUGUUGGUAAUCUAGAUAAAAACAAAUAUUUAGUUCCCUCGGACCUAACUGUGGGACAGUUCUACUUCCUUAUUCGAAAAAGAAUUCAACUAAACCCUGAAGAAGCCUUAUUUUUCUUUGUUGACGAUAUCAUUCCUCCAACCAGUGCUACUAUGGGUGCUCUCUAUGAGGAACAUCAUGAUCGUGAUCUUUUCCUUUACAUCGCAUACAGUGAUGAAAGUAUAUAUGGAGCGAUACAAGAAUGCAUAUCGUCGUGAAAAUUCUGUAUUGGUCAUGGUCCUGUUUUCAAAAGUCUAUUGAGUCCUUGUAUUUUUUUUCUCACGUUCUAACCGAAAUAUCUAUUGUUACCAUGCCAUGCAUACACAACACAUAAUAAGUCAUUUCUGCUAAUUUUCAAUUGUUUUUUUCUUUAAAACUUUAUUUCAGUGUUUCAAGUAUUCAUCUAAUCAUAUUAAUAAUCAUUGGUUUAUCACUAUUUCUUUCUCAUUGUUAAGAGUUAUUAAAUGAGGUUUGCAUUUUUUUGUGAAACAACUAUGACAUUCAUUAUUAUCAUUUUCAGUAAGUUCGCUGAAGAGGAAAUACAUUUUGUAAAAGCAUAAA